CUGCGGUUGAUCGCGGUCGGUGUAGGCGCCCACUCCCGCCUCAUAGCCCGGGCUCUCUCCCCGCUCGGCCUGCGCUCAGCUUCCUCUGAAGCAGCAUGGGAGACAAGAAGAGUCCGACCAGGCCGAAGAGGCAGCCGAAGCCUUCAUCAGACGAAGGAUACUGGGACUGUAGCGUGUGCACUUUUAAGAACAGCGCCGAGGCCUUCAAGUGCCUGAUGUGCGAUGUACGCAAGGGAACCUCUACCCGAAAACCUCGACCUGUUUCCCAGUUGGUUGCACAACAAGUAACCCAGCAGUUUGUGCCUCCCAUGCAAACAAAGAAAGAGAAAAAAGAUAAAAUUGAGAAGGAAAAGAGUGAAAAGGAAACCAUGAUCAAGAAGAAUAGCCAUAAGAAGACAAGGCCACGAUUAAAAAAUGUGGAUAGAAGCAGUGCCCAACAUUUGGAGGUUACAGUUGGUGAUCUGACAGUCAUUAUUACAGACUUUAAGGAGAAAACUAAGUCACCUCCCACAUCCAGUGCUACGUGCGCGGAUCAGCACAGUCAAAGUGGCUCUGGCUCUGAAAACACAGAGAGAGGGAUAUCCAGGUCAUCUUCACCUAGAGGAGAAGCUUCAUCCAUCAAUGGAGAAUCCCAUUAAUUUUUUUUUCUCCACCCGUUUUUCUGUUCACUCGAACAUCUUCUGGCAGUAGUUAAAACGUUUUCAUGAAAAGAAUGACCUAAUGAAAAACUGGUAUUUUUUUAAUAGUUAAGUAUGCACUUAUUUUCUUAUUUGUGCAUUUAUAGGUGCACCAUUAAAUUUCACAUACAGUUGGGAGUCUGGUCCAAAGUCAGCCUGUAAACAUAUUAAGACUGUCAUAUCUUUAGUUUUCACAUAUAAUAUGUGAAAAGUAAACAGAAAAUAAACCUUACCUUUUUGUAAAAA